CUUGUCAUCGCACGAAAUCCGUGACUGAUUGUAUCGGGUAUUAACAUUCAUAAAUGCUUUAACAUACCAGAGGCAGGAGCCUUGAGUUGAUCACACUCUGACCGCUGUUCAACGAAUCAGAGCCAAAGAGGUUGGGCAAAAGGCUAUCAUAUGGCUUCUUCAUUCAGUAUUCCGAGCCAAAGCUUGGACUCAUAUAGCCAGUAUUCGGAUAUGGGAUCACAAGCAGAAACGUCGGCCGAUGGUGCAAGAAACUACAAGAGUCGAGCACACAAGGAUAUGCCAGUGUUGCAUACGUCAAGGAGAAGAGCGGGACUGGAACGCUCAGCGACUUCUACGGUUGUCAAGAGCGUCAAGGCGGUACCGAGACCUAUGUACCCAACGUUCAUGUCUUCUCGGUCGACACGAAGAACAUCUUGGGCUCGGAAGGGUCUUGGAGAUCUUGGAACGAUGGACUCGGCGACGAGGAUGUACAGUGAACGGCCAGGGGAUGCUCUCUCGGCGGGCUUGGUGGAAGCUCCAAGAUUGACGAGAAAGGCGACAUAUUCGUCUCUGCCCCCUUCACCAACCGGAGCUAUUCGGCUAGAGACUGAUGGACUCCGAGACCUAUCGGAACAGUCACAUCUGGAGUUCGCUAGCUUGACGUUAGGCAUCGACCCUCAUUCCAACGACAUACUCGCUCAAGCUAUACAACGCAUCGCUUCUAGGAGAGGCUCGGCGAUCUCGCUAGAAUCGGCCGAGGACAGGCUUCGAGUCGGCUCUUUGCCUCCAGAAGGCUUCUUCUGCUCGGCAACACCCAUAUCGGGCAGCCUGCCGAAUCUGAGGGGAACCCGGUCCGAAGAUGAUUUGGAUGAGGAAGACCACGAGACGGGUAGCAUUCGGGCAGCUGAGGCCGAACUUAACUCUCCUCGUUCUGCUGGAUCAACCAUAGAAGAUGAAGACGACACGUUCCAAGAUGCUUUCGUCUCGCAUGAUGGCUCUCCCAUCGAUGGGUCUAUGCUGCUUAGCGGCAGUGAUGUUAAUAUAAACACUCUUGGUGGAGAAGCUGAACACGCACGGAGACUCUCUUGGUGGGACGUCUUGAGAGAAGCUGUAGUUGAGGAGGAGGAGCAGGCUUUGGAGAUACAGGGGAAAUGGGAUCGAAUCGCCAAUUUCCUAGCAGUUCCAGCAGCGAUAGAAAAGAUCACGCUGCUCGGCGCCUUGCUGUGCUUGGACAGUUUUCUAUACUACUUUACCAUCCUACCCGUGAGAACACUACUGGCGAUCCUCUCGAUGGCAUGGGAAUCGUUACGCGCUCGCCGACUGCAAUCCCCUGGUGUAUCUCAUCUGCAAUCUAUCCAGAAGAUGGGUCUUCUGGUCGUACCCACAAUCGUACUCCUGAAGACAACAGAUGCUAGCAAGAUGUAUCACGGGGUGCGGGGCCAGGACACAAUCAAGCUCUACGUAAUCUUCAACGCUCUCGAGAUCGCCGACAAGCUCUGCAGCGCCUUUGGACAGGACAUCUUGGAUACCCUCUUUGCGGCCGAAACUCUUGGAGCCAAGGCGAGCCAUACUUCGAUACGGCUGAAGGGCCAACGCGAAAGCCGACAAGAACGGGCUCAGCGCAGACGGGAACGAACCAGGCCUUUUUUCUUCUUUCUCCUUGCUUUGGCAUACGUCCAUGUACACGCCUUGGUUUACUUCUACCAACUCGUCUCGCUCAACGUAGCCGUCAACUCAUAUGACAACGCCCUGUUGACUCUAUUAGUCAGCAACCAGUUCGUCGAGAUCAAAGGCUCGGUAUUCAAGAAGUUUGAAAAGGAGAACCUGUUUCAGAUCAUGUGUGCGGACAUUGUCGAGCGAUUCUCAUUGACCUUGAUGCUGUCAUUGAUCGCUGGCCGAAACCUGAUCGAAAUCGUUGGAUCCGACAUUGGCUUUGAUCCGAGGAGUCUUCUGAGAGGAAACGGUGUACUGAAGACUAUCAUGUCGCCUGUUCUUGCCGUGAUUCUCUCGGAGAUGGUGGUCGAUUGGCUCAAACACGGUUUCAUCACGAAAUUCAAUCACAUCAAGACCACGAUAUACGGUCGAUACACGGAUGUACUCUGCAAGGAUAUAUUACUCGCCGCACCGACUUCGAGGAAUGGCCGUGGACUGGGAUCAUCAAAACGGCGUACGCUGCUGACCGAUCGUUCCACUCUUGUGACACGUCGACUCGGCUUUGCAGCCCUCCCGCUUGCCUGUUUGGUCAUACGGAUCACGGCCCAAGCAUUCGGCAUGGUCUGGUCGAAGGCGACCCCUAGUGUCUUGGAGGAUGCCAGUCGUUCAGCGCUCGUAAAUACCUUUGAAAGAUGGUGGAGGCCGAUCUCAACCACAUUGGUAUUCGCUAUCGGAUGGUUUUGUCUCUUGGCGCUAAAGAGCAUUAUGGGUCUCAACCUACUCGCCUUCGCCCAUGGCCGUCAGGCUGGGAUGGACCAGCGCGAGCGGGAAGACCGAAUCAACGAUUUCGGUCGUAAACCUAUCGGUGACAGCCUACAGGAGCAGAAAUACAAUGAUCAGGUCAAGGACCACUUGUCCAGGAAAGAGGACGACAUGCCCAAGCUCGAGACGCACAAGAAGGAAGACGCUUCGAAACCUGGGGGAGUCGGUGGCGGCGGAGGAAAACCGAAGUGGAAGUUGGAAGAGGUUGAACGAUGGUCCAUGAUAAAGAGGAUCUUUUAAUACGGAAGUUCGACAGCAGGUCAAGCACCAUCUAUCGAUACCAUGUGCGAGUUGCUGGCCUUGAUCUCUUCCUCGAAGGCCUUGAUGAGGUCGACGUCAAAGCUCUGUCCCCCUCGACGUCGCCAUUCCCGGCCCCUUGACAGUGCGGGAUGACGUCUUGGCCUUUCCCUCGUUCCAAGAGAGACGUCUUCUUUGGCCAUUGGCAAAUCUGAAAGAAUACCUCGUCUUCGUUUCAGUAGGUAGAUCUGCUAGAACUCGCUCAUCCGAUGCAGAUCAUCGAACGCGUCAAACCUUGUUGAUCCCUUCCAUGGUUGAGCGCACGCGAGACAACCAGCGUUUCGAUCAAAUCGGGUCGGGUGAUCGGGGUCUACGCAGUCGGG